AUGGGCGUUGGGGGAGGAUUUUGGGAGCUCGUCAAGCCGCUGCGCCAUAGCUCCGACGAUCUGUCAACGCUUCAGGAUAAGCGCCUCGCGAUCGAUCUGUCGCAUUGGAUCGUCCAGCAGGAGGCCGUGCUCAAAGACAGGGCGCGCAAGCCUCACUUGCGUCUUUUGUUCUUCCGCGUCGUCACGCUUGUUGCCAAGGUCGGUGCAUUGCCUGUUUUCGUGGUGGAUGGAGACGCGCCAUUGCUGAAGCUGCCUGCGAGGAUCGAGCGCUUCAGUCGCUUGUCCGGAAUUCCUGCCGCUCAGCUGAAUGGAGGUGAUAAUCAUCGGAAUCGGGCUUUCCUCGAGAAUGUAGAAGAGUGUGUGGAACUUCUGGGCUUGCUCAACGUACCGGUGUUACGUGCAACGAGCGAGGCGGAAGCCUUGUGUGCGGAGCUGGAGCGAAAUGGCGUUGUAGACGCUUGUGUGACACCCGACAGUGAUGCAUUUCUUCACGGUGCGAGCUGUGUGAUUCAAACCUUGCAAGCGGACAUCAAAAAACCUCUUGUGGAGUCGUAUCUUGCUUCAGACAUCAGACUUGCGUUGCAACUCGAACGAGAACAUCUUAUUGCGUUAGCUCUCCUCGUAGGUUGCGACUACAAUUUGCGUGGAAUACCUGGUGUUGGCUACAGCAAUGCAAUGCGCCUAGUUCAGCAUUUUUCUAAAGACGAGAUCCUUGACAAUCUUCGAAAAUGGGGAAGGCGUGAGUAUCCAUCACCAGAAGUUAUAGGAAAAUUAAGUGAUUCGGCAAAUGGAUUCGACAGCAAAGAAGGAGAUGAUGCUGCAUUGCAGCUUGGACGAAGAAAAGAUUCUCAUUGUUCUAUGUGUGGGCAUCCCGGGAACAAGAAACUUCAUACCAAGCUAGGCUGUGAAGAUUGCGGGUCAUUGAACACUGCCGGAUGCUCUCAAAAAACGAAGAACUUCAAGUGUGGCUGCGGGAGUUGCGCACAGGAUCGAAGAAGAAAGAAGCAUGAGAAAGAUGUGACAUGGUGGUCAAAUCUCCGUGCAAAAAUUUCUGCGAUUGAAGACUUCCCAAACGAAGAAAUUAUUGAGAUUUUUCUGAAUACUGGGGCCACUAGUUAUCUCAGAGAAGGGCAGUCCUUGGAUCUUCGGUGGGAAGCUCCUAAAAUGGAACCUCUAGAACUAUUUCUCGGUUCGCAUUUGCAUUGGGAUGUAAGUUAUAUUCGUAAGAAGACACUUCCACUACUGUCACACUAUUCUCUAAAGGCCAUCGCGGAAGGUUCUUCCAUGGCCCUUCUCAACGGUCGAUAUAUUCCUACCUCUAUACUGAAACUCAAAACGAACGUGGGAAAGCCACUGUACGUAGUGAAGUGGAAUGCGGUGGACAGCUUUGGCGGGCCCGGGGGAGAAACGAAUGAGGAUUCCAUUACAACUGACGAACAGAUUUCGUUAAUCAAAAGAGCUUGUCCGGCUCUUGUUUCGAAGUUUGAAGAUCAGCAGAAGUUCAAGAGACCGACUAGACGGGAAAAGAAAGAACCCGAUCCAGAUCAAAGGAAUAUCAUGUCCUUCUUCAAAGUAAAGUCCAAACAAGUUUCUUGCGAAGGAAGUGGCGUAGAGCUGUUGGCACCCACGGCUUUUCGUAAGGAAUCUAACUCCUUGUCAAGCAAGCAAAUUAUAGACCUGGACUCGUCGGAUGAAGAUGAUGUUCGGGUAUCUGUCAAGAGGCGGCUAUUUUGAUGAGAUCGGGCAUCUAAUUAAAUAGUUGCCAGCACCGGAAGUACAAAAUUAUUAGAACGAGGCGUUUUACGGGUUCAC